AUGACGGAUGUUUGUGGAGAUGACAACUGCUGCACCUACAUUGGUGGCAGUCCUUCCAUGCAGCUCCUCUAUGCUGCGGCGAGCAGCACUUACGCAGUCAUAGGUUCGCUGGCCUUCACGCGGGACAUGGCAGAAGUUGCAGGGGCCUACAUCUACGCCCCUCGGGCGAUGACACUCAUCAUGUAUGCGGUCGGCGGCUGCGUGGCAGUUCUUUGGAUCUUGAUGGUUGCCUCUCGCUGCUGUGCGCCGUUCUGCUGCGCAGCAUCCCUGCGGGAUGUGCCACACCCAUGUCCUCUUCAGUGCACGUCAAAGAGCGCGCAGUGCAUGGACUACCCCUUCAUGAUCGCCCUCGGCGGCGAGAUCUGCAUCUUCAUACCCAUGUACAUAGACUCGGUGUUGUGGUUCAGGGGUGAGAAGAGCUUAGGAAAUCCUCUGCCAAGCAACCGACAACCCGAUCCAGGAAAUGUGGUGGUUGGCGUGCCUGUGUCCAUUCCUCUAGAUACGAUUCUGCCACUACAGGAUGGCUCUAAUCUCCGGGCACAGACUCUAGCGACCAGGAAACACGAUGCCUGCCAAGUCACCUACAAGGGUUCCCAGGAGGCCGGCGUUCUCAAGGUGCGCUUUGAGAAUAGCGGCGGGAAGGAGGUGAAAUGGCUGCGGCCGCAAAAGGACGGCUACUACGUGGGCACCUUCGCCAAAAGCUCCCGAGAGCUGCAAGUUCGGGCUGCGAGCGCGAAUCUGCUCAUGGUGCAGUUCCGAGGGGGUCCGCAGGCACCUUGGAGCAAGGCAGUGCGCUACUCCCGGCGCAACCUGCCCUCUGCACACCAGGUUUUAGCGGUGGCCAAGGACCCGGAGAAGGCUUCACGUGAUACGUCUGCGCUGAACUAUGCAAACUGUGAGCGCCAAACCAUGGACGCAUGCGGUUGGUAUUUGCCACCAGAGUGGGCCGCCGAUGGCCUUUACAAGGAUCUGCUGCGCGAGGGCGACCCUCAGGUCGUGCGUUUGGCCGACUUCCGUUUCGAUGCGCGCCUGGAAGCGACAGAGGACCACCAGCGCUAUCUGGCCACCUACGUAGGUGAGUUGGAUGGCAGCCUGAGUGAGAAGCUCGCCAACGUGAGCAAGUUGUUGGAUUGGACGUUUGACGGGCUGUGUGUUCAUCGCCUGGAUAGCUUGCCAGUCCCGCAUGAUUUCAAGCUGGGCGUCAUCACAGGGCCAUCAGGCUCGGGGAAGAGCUCGCUGGCGGCUGAUGUGUUCGGCGCCAGCCCAGUGAUUUCCUGGUCUGCUGAGCCUGUGAUUGCACACUUCGAAUCCCUCGACCGGGCGCGUGAGUUCCUGGAGGCGGCGCACUUGGACCCCAGCAUCGCGAUGAGGCCAUAUUCAAGCCUCAGCGGCGGUGAGCAGGCGCGUGCGGACAUGGCUCGGGUGCUGGACCUGGGCUGCAGAGAUCCCAAGGGGCAGGGAAAGCGGCCGCGCUACAAGGCUCUGAUCCUUGAUGAGUUCACGUCCCUUGUGGACCGGCGCACAGCCAAUGCAAUGGCACAGGGGCUCCAGCGGCUGGUCCAGCGAAGGAGGCUUUCCAAGGUCGUGGUGGUGUCGUGCCAUUCCGACUUCGUGCACAAGUCUGCCCUCGAGCCCGACUGGCUCUUCGAGUGCCACAGCCAUCGCCUCCUCAAAUUCCAUUGCGGCGAGGUGCCCGCGCCGAGGCCGCCAAGUGCAGCUCUCAAGGCAGCACGGGCCGCAGCGGCUGCUGCCGAGGAGCAGCUCGCGGCCUUCCGGAGGUCUUUGGCCCAACACGCAGGCCAUUCCUGCUUCUCCUCGACCUACCGGACCGAGGUGGCAGCGCUGGCUGGGGCGCUGCAGGUCCUUGGAGAGACGGAGCUCUUGAAGCAGCGCAAGGCUUUGCAAGAUUUGGAAGAGGGGGAGAAGAAGAGGGAGACGGAGGUGCAAGUCGCGAUGCCCAGUGCAGGGCCAACUGCGCCCAGCACGAAGCAGACGGCGGAGAUGCCAGAGGUUGUCAGCAUGGACAACUUCCAGAUUCCUUGGCUGCGCCUGGAAGUACGCCGCGCUCUGCCCAGAGAGUGGGUGCACUUCCGGCAGUACCACUACAAGGACCACUCCUUACAAACAAUGGCGAUCGUCUUCGUCGGCCUCCUUGAUGGGCGCGCAUGUGGUUUCUGCGCCAUUGUUCCAGAGUCUCACAACUGGAUUCAACGCAAUGUUCAAGGAGGCAAACGCGGUGACACGAAGGAGAAGUGGCAGGUUGUGGAAUAUCCCAAGACGUGGCUGGCCAAGGAGAACCGCCGCUUAUUCAGGGAACACCGCACCGUUGUCCUGCCGGACUUCCAGGGACUAGGUGUAGCUCCCGUUCUUUGCGACUGCGUGGCGAACUUCCUCCUUCGGAACGGCGCCGACUUCACUUCGCAAACGGUGCAUCCCUUCUACGGCAGCUACAGGGAUCGCAGUCCCUUCUGGCGGGCUUUGCCAACGAGCCGGCAGCCGGAAUCCGGGAUCAACGGCAACCUCAAGUAUUCCCAUGUCUUUGUGGGGGCAUUCAAAGAAGAUGGGUACCAAGACAAAGCGCUGGUUCAGAAGCUGAGGAUGCGGGUGCGCUGCUUGCAGAAGAAGGCUGACCUGGAGCUGCGAAAGGGGCCCUUUGCGGACAGCUCCAUCCCAUUUUUAACCUGA